AUUUAUAAAAGUUGUACGACUUAUCCAGGUGGUACUUGUUUCUCGUGAAAUCUGUUCUCUGUGCACAAUCAACAUGCAGGUUGAAAGCCUCCACAAUCUCCAAGCCAAAAUUAGAAGUGAUGAACGCAACCACUCACUGACAAAAAAAUACUUAACUAAUGAUAUUGUCAACAAAUAUCAAGCAACAAAAACGAGUUUGGGUGGGACUCUAGCUCAAUGUGUGAAUACAAAUGCUUAUAACCCUGGAGCUUUGCUGCCAAGAUCAUGUGAUUUAAAUGCAUAUGAGUCUUUCAGGGAUUUCUUCGACGCCGUGAUUGCAGAUUAUCAUAAGGUGGCAGAUGGCAAAAUCCAACAUCCAAAGUCAGAUUUUGGUGACCUCAAGAGUCUAUCGUUUACGGAUCUAAAUGCUUAUGGCAAUUUAGUCGUAUCUACUAGAGUUCGCCUAGGUAGAACUGUUGAGGGAUUUGGUUUCGGCCCUACGUUAACCAAAGAAACUCGAAUUGAGUUGGAAAAUAAAAUCUCAACUGCUCUACGUAACUUAUCUGGUGAAUACGAAGGGACUUAUUAUCCAUUGACAGGAAUGUCAGAGGAAGAUAGAAUCAAACUAGUGAACGAUCAUUUUCUUUUCAGAAACGAUGACAACGUUCUAAGAGACGCUGGUGGAUACAUUGAUUGGCCAACAGGUCGCGGUAUAUUCAUAAACAAACAAAAGAACUUUUUGGUUUGGAUUAACGAAGAGGAUCACAUUCGCGUCAUUUCAAUGCAAAAGGGGGGUGAUUUAAUCGCAGUUUACAAACGACUGGCUGGUGCAAUACAAGAACUGUCCAAAUCAUUGAAAUUUGCAUUCAAUGAUCGUUUAGGGUUUAUCACAUUUUGUCCAUCUAAUUUGGGUACGACACUAAGGGCUAGUGUACAUGCGAAAAUCCCUAUGCUUGCUUCAUUACCGAAUUUCAAGGAAAUUUGUGAAAAACAUGGUAUACAGCCUCGUGGUACUCAUGGAGAACACACUGAGUCAGUUGGUGGUAUCUACGAUUUGAGUAAUAAACGUCGCCUUGGUCUUACUGAGCUUGAUGCUGUUACUGAAAUGCAUUCCGGUGUUCGAGCUUUACUUGAACUUGAAGUUAUGUUACAAGAAUAUAACAAAGGUGCUCCAGAGGGCGUUAUGCCAGUUGAACCAUUAACUUACCUGGCCAAACUGCUAGAAGGUGCUUCUAUCGAAAAAUGCUAUACUCGCAAAUAUUUGACACCAGAAAUAAUUAAAAAGUAUGAUGGAAAACGAACAACCCACGGUGCUACCCUAGCUCAUAUGAUACGCAAUGGUGCAUACAAUAAUCGUUCAAUAUGUCCACGAACCGGGGAAGCUGAAUGUUAUUCGACGUUUAUUGAUUACUUAGAUCCAUUGAUCUGUGAUUAUCACGGCGUGAAAGAUCCUGCAUUUAAACACCCUGCGCCCACAUUUGGUGACUUGUCAAAGCUUCCAUUCGGUGACCUAGAUCCAGCUGGUAAAUUCAUUGUCUCUACACGUGUCCGUGUUGGUCGUAGUGUUGAAGGCUUUUUAUUCCCAACAAUUAUGAGCAAAACUGAUCGUAUAAAAUUAGAGCAAGUUAUUUCUGGAGCACUAAAAGGACUUACUGGUGAACAUGCUGGAACUUACUAUCCACUAACUGAUAUGAAAGAGGAAGAUCGAAAACAACUAGUUGAAGACCAUUUCUUAUUUAAAAAUGAUGAUCCUGUCUUACGUGAUGCCGGUGGAUAUCGUGAUUGGCCUGUUGGACGUGGAAUCUUCCAUAACAAUUCAAAGACUUUCCUUGUAUGGGUUUGCGAAGAAGAUCACAUGCGAAUUAUAUCAAUGCAACAAGGCGGAGAUUUAGCUGCUGUUUAUAAGCGCUUAAUUGAAGGAAUUAAUGCUAUCGGAAAGAGUAUGAAGUUUGCACACAGUGAUAAAUAUGGUUACAUAACUUGCUGUCCAUCCAACUUAGGUACAUCAAUGCGUGCCAGUGUAUUAUUAAAGAUACCAAAACUUAGUUCUCAACCGAAAAAACUGGAUGAAAUUUGUGCAAAGUAUAUGCUUCAAGCUAGAGGUAAAUUUGUUAAAUGUUUUACACGCAAUAUCUUCUUUUGCAUUAUCUUUUGUCUUAAACUCAAACUGCGUGAUUAUGACGGGUGACUUAUAGGGUAUUGUUUAAACAGGCACACAAAUAGUUUACAACUAGGUACAUAUUUUAUAACCUAGUUCUUAAAAAUGCACGAAGCAUUAGUUGUGCACUGUAGAUAACAACCGAACGCUGUAUAUAGCCUAUAUUUUUAUAAAUUUUGAACUUAAGCAUUACUGAUGCCUAGAAAAUGGAAUCAACUUUCUGAAUCUAUUAUUGAAUCAUGAAAACCAAUGUUACGCAUCACAGAGAUUUGUAUUGUUUGGUUACAUAUUAAGUACAUUUCAAUGAAAACAAAUAUCUUCUUUCGUAUUCAGCAAUUUAAAAAUGUAUAUCUAGCACUUUUUAUCACUAAAACACACUGGAGAAAAUGUUUAUAUUUCCUGUUAUUUUUCAGAGUCAGGUAUUCAUUAUUGUUUUUUGUUUAUUAGCGUUUAAUAUUAGAAAGCAAAGCAUGAUUCUGUUAUAACUCGUGGUUUGUACCCUUGGUUCCUUGUUUUUCACUCCGUCGCCAAUUGUUAUAACGCUCAAUUUUACUUCGUCUAAUGUUAUAACGGUUGGGUUUCCACGUUUACACGUAUGGGACGUGAAUUUACCUUAAACGAUUAUUUUCACUAGAUUCCCUCCCAGUGUCUAUUCUACAGAACUUCAACACAACUCAGAUCAAGAACACGUGAUUAGCCUAACUACAACGUAAAUAUAUUUCCACACCAAAACUCGACACAAUCCAACAACAAUGAACAGUGAUAAUAUUUUUAAGGCUAGGGGAUACAACUCAUCUGACACCUGUCAGAAUAUCUACAUAUCUGAAUAAGCAAACAACCAAUCAUUAUCAUUCUCGCCCACACAUCAGAUUCUUUAUCUUUUCGGAGUACAUUUUUCUUAAUAAAAAAGCUCUUUAAUUAUUAAAUGUAAAUAAGAUUCAUAUUUAAAGUGUCAAGUAUAUAAACUGAUAGCCGAAUAUAAUCCAUGGUAAUAUUUUAAUCUUUUGUACUUUCGAAUUUUUGUAGAUUAAAGGAACAACUGUAGUAGCUCAAUAUAAUUUAAAUAUAUUUGUUAAUGAAUGGUUAAAGACAAUGUUUGAAUUGAUCUAGACUUGUAUUUUCCCCCAUUAACAGUUUCAAGCUUAACGUAUUUGAAACAAUGAAACCGGUAAACUUGCUUACAGUUCAUUCUACCUGAUAUCAUAUAACCACUUCUUAAAAUUUAACUGUUAUGUUAUUAUUAUUCUCACUGCUGGUCAGUUUCUAUGACACAGGAAAUGGAUAAACGUAAAUUAUAAUUCUAAAAGAUAUAUUUCAAUGAAAAAUUCGGGUUCCAAUCAAUACUAGAGUUUUGUAUUCAUAGCCUAGUGUAUAAACGUGUAAACAGUUAAUGAAUUGUUUAUUUUAGUGACUUACCUCAUAUCUUUCACAACCGUCCACUGCUCCAUAGUUUUCAAAAGUAUCCCAAAUAAGGUUAAUCUGUGAAGUGUAUCACCUUGUUUGAAAUUUCUUAAUAUCAUUCCAUAUUACUGAGAUAUUCUGUUUUUUUUUCCACGUUCUAAGGUCUCUAUGGUGAACAUACAGAGUCCCCUGAUGGUACAUAUGAUAUUAGCAAUAAGCGCCGUCUUGGUCUAACUGAAUUACAAGCAGCUCAUGAAAUGGCAGAAGGUGUUGCUAAAAUGAUUGAAAUUGAAAAAGGACUAUAAUAUUCCUUUAAAAAACAAUGUCUCUUUUUAGACAAAUCAGUAUAUACUACAACUCCCUUGCUCUACUCAUUUUUUGCCUACUUUCCUUACACCUUUCAUGUACCCUUUUAUUGCUUAGAUGUUUAAUUAGUAGUUUAACAUCAAUGUAUUUUAUUCUAAAAAUUGUAAUGUAUUAGUUAUACAUUUCACUUUGGCUACUGUUCAUAAUACAUAAGUUGGUUGACAUAAUC